AUGACAAGGAUGGGCCGCAUCCUCGAAGUCCUUCCUGAUGGAUACUGUGCUUUGGCUGCUGGUAAAAAGGACCUCCCGGUACUGAUUAAGACACGAUUAAAAGUGACUGCCAUCCACUUGAGAGACAGGGCGAGGCACAGAGUCGGUACCAAAGAUCAACAUUGUCCUGCAAUGGUUCGUCAAGCAAUCUUCGUCCUCGCAGUUCUCAUCCUCGUCGCAAUCUGUCAUUCGGCAGAUAACGAUGAGAGAUCUAUUGAUUCAUAUUCUAAGAGGAAGAUGAGCGCUCUUUGGUUCGGCCCAAGGCUGGGUAGGAAGAAGCGUAACCCUUCGAGUGAUGAGCUUCUCAAGAACACAAACUUGGACCGCGAGCAACUUGUGGCUCUCUUGGAGAUGCUCCAGGAAUCGCCGUGGGCUGUGGUUGCUCUCAAUGAAGGCAAAAGACAUAACAAAAUGAAUUUCACACCUAGGCUUGGUAGAGAAUCAGGUGAAGAUCUCGCUGGAAGUACAAACCCCAAUGUCGGCGCAAACAGGUGGAUACAGGAUACUGAAAUUAAUGGCGAUCUUAUGUCUCAGCGUUCCCCGCCUUUUGCACCACGUUUAGGAAGGAGGGUUGUACCAUUUUCACCUCGCCUUGGACGUGAAAAUGAUAGAUUGUUUUAAGAUUACAUGAACAUAUUAACGUAAUUCCAUUAUAUAAUGCUAUAAUUAAUAAAAUAUAUUAAUAACCCUUAAUG